AUGGGGGAAGAUAUCUUCAAAACGCUUGUUAGAAUGGGAUUGCGCCACGCCAGAGAGAACACGGACGACACAAGCUUUGCAUACAUUCCGCACAUCGACAAAGGGUUUUGGUCCGUAAUGGUGGUAGACGAGGCACAAGCGCUUCUCAAGAAGCUCGGAAAUUAUUUCCUGAGUUCGGAUGGGACCAAAGAUAGGUUUGCCUUCUCUGCGGUGAUCAAAGCGAUGGCUACAGUACCAAGGAUGAAUGGUUUUGAUACUGGUUUCCCACUUGUAGCCGGUACGGGGAUGUCAAUCGAUGGAAUCAGGGAGGCGUCAGAGUCGAUCAUGGCGAAAGACACAGAGAGUAAGGAAUUCCUCUUUACCAAGUUCAAACCUCUUGAUGCCGAUGCGGUCAAACGAUAUCUUUGUAACUUCCUCGAUGUCGACCUGAGCGAACCGGGCAAUUCCAUUGCUCUGGAACACAUCUCCAAGUGGCUUCGUGGCCGUCCGCGAUGGACAGCCACCUUUCUAGAAGUGUACCUGGUUCGAGCUCGCAUACAGGAUUAUAAGGGGACCCGGGGACAACUACCACCAGUUGGAACCCUCCUGAUACAAGCUUUGGAUCGGUACCUCGAUGUCUACACAAGUGAUGACAUUAAAAAUAUCCCCCAAAGCGACAGAAGGAAGCCAUUCGACCCACCUGAGGGCACAGCCUUUGGUGCGAUCAAGAAAGUCGUCACGGAAUGUGAGUAUGAGGUCGCCAAAUGGCUGGAAUCUGCCAUCUUCAAGUUUGUCGUUGGAGGAAAGUCACAAAUUAUUGACAGGCGCCAAGAGGAGCUUAUUGUAAUUGGCGUUGCUGCAGUCAGUGCUGACGGAAAUUACAAAGGCGUCCUCGACGAACCGAUUAUUAUUCAGGCUGGCAUCAAUUGUUUCUCUUUAACAAAGUCAGUCAUCAACAACUUGAUAUCGCAAGAGACUGGUGGUCAGGGUGAAGCUUUCGAGAAGCUACUGUUGCCGGCGAUCCAAAAGAAUUUUCACAAUAUUCUGCGAGAGCAGCAUGGCACUGAUGUCGUCUUGACGAACAAAAAAGUACCCCACAGAUCAGCCUAUGGCGUUCUUGCCAGGCAAUGCAGUCACCCUGAGCAAACAAUGCAGUGGAUCGAAGAUGCGACAACGGCCAGGGUUGAGGGCCAAGUUCCUCCAUUCUGUUACCCAGACACAAAAAUUGGGCCAGAUCUUAUGUUCCUCAUGUGGAACGCGGAUUAUUCCCAGUACAUUUUUGUCAUAUCGCAAGUCAAAUAUAGAAAAGAUUUCAAGAGAACAAUGACACCAGACUUGCUAUACCACGAAAAACGGGACAAAUCAACGGAGCAAUUUACUCAUGAGUUGGUUGAUGAUGUACGUCUGAAGAGGCGCUGGGAAGAGGAUAUCAAGCCAAAAGUUGUGGGGGGAGAGUUUGGUUGUCUUCGCUUUAUGGUUCAGUACCCCAAAAAGCAGACACGUAGUGCAGAGCCAGGGACUCUGGCAGAUAGCGACGUGAAGGUCGGAACCAUUUCGAACAAGAAACAAAAAGUAGGAUGGCUCGCAACUGUAAGCGGGACAAAUGCUUCAUGUUUAUUUGACCGAGACGGAUUGAAAAUUCUCAAAGCCUUGAAGGGCGACGACGAAUAG